AACAAUUCUAUUUGGGUCUAUAUCUUGUAGGCUACUGGUGAUAUGUCUCAAGCAGCAACAGUUGCAAAAGUGACAGAGUCAUUGAUGGAUUUGGAACACGAAAUACCUGGCUCUUGUGAAGCUCUGGUUGUUAAAAUUCUUCAACAAUUAGAGAGUUCCAAGGAGCCUAAAGUGAAGCAGCUUCAUGACUUAGCUGUCAGUAUGUUCGCGGAGCAUUCUUCCCAUGAUUUUGUUGAUGGGAAGAAACGACUUAACUCAUCACUGGCUGAGACCCCGAGUUUAAGCCCACUAGCAAAGUUUCUCCUCACGAGAUGGCGGGUCCAAGUUUCUCAGGAACUCAACUCAUGAAGCCACCGAAAUCCAAAUAACAGACUGUACCUUUCUCAAGGCCAACCAACUUUCAUUGUAAAUAUUUAUGGUCAGCAGGAUCUUCUGCUGCGUUGAUAGCUGUGUUUCUUACCUUUUGUGUUCUUUUAUUCCUUGAGGAUGUGAAGAAGUAUCGCAUACGGGGGAGGUUCCUGUCCUAUUAUCAUUUAUCAUCGGAGUCUAGUUUGAUGUCAAAUUUUUAGAUACAUCUCUAAUCGAUUGUAUCAAACAAGUUAUUUCCUCGUCAAUGCAACUCUUUGUAAAUGUAAAAAAGUUGUCAAGUUUUAGUUUGUUUUUCAUAGGGUCAUAUUUUAAAGGAA